CGGCACGUCAAAGCAAUCGCAGUCGGUGAGAAAACUCUUUACGAAAAGUGCAAUCCCAGGCCGACGACGAAAAGGCACACUUUUUCACAUCGUUUCCCCGUCGCGUGCAAAAGCAUCCACACCAAUGGCGUCGCUGUGCGGAAGAAUUGUGCUGGCUGCGGCCAAGCGAAACGUGACCUACACGCCCGUUCGAUUUUGCAAAAUGAUGAACGACCCGAUCGAGCAUGCCACCGGUAUCGAGAAGCGUGAGCUGCUGGCGAAGCAGGCAGGCAACCCAGAUCCGUUCGAUAUGCGUGUGUUCAAGCGCGGACCGGGCACCAAGGAUAGCCCGAACCUGAUUCCAUCGGCAUUCGAUGCUCGUCUAGUCGGCUGUGUUUGCGAGGAAGAUCAGACCUAUGUCCAGUGGAUGUGGCUGCACCAGGGCCAGCCGAAGCGUUGCGAAUGCGGACACUGGUUCAAACUGGUCGAGAAGGCUCCAGUCUAAACGGUGGCAUACCAUCCCACACCUGCCACCCUGCUGUAGAAAUGAAAAGCAAACUAAAUAAUAUUUAAAAACCCUGGAGAGCAUUACCCUUCGCGAAAUAAAGAGAAAUCCAGACCGUUGAAAAAAAAAACAAAACAAAUUCAACUACAAUACAGACACACCACACCACCCGGGAUCAUAGUUUGGCAUUGGUGGUAAAGGGAAGAAAAAGUCCAUCAAGCUUCCCGAACGGGAGGAUGUGCAUUCAUGCAUCUACAUCCAGGUGUGUGCGUUCCGAUCUGCCAUAACAAUUGGUUAUACAGCUUUUUCCGUCUCUAAAAAGAGGACAAAUCAAUAGAACAUCGCUGGUGUGUCCAUCUACAGGUUAAUGAGGAAGAGAAGAGCAACAUAACCGCUUCUUGCAAGAUACUUACCCAUGAGUGUGUUUGUUCUAAUUGGCUACAGCAACAAAACGAUACGCCCUACAGCAAAUUCACGAUAGCAAAACCAAUUUAGUGUUAUCCAAUAAAACAAAUAAUUUUAUUGAAAGCUAA